AUGACUUCUGCACACGACAACGCUGUACUCCAAGCCAUCUUCAAUCCGAACACGCCGUUUGGAGACCUCCCAGGCCCGAACCAGGAGGAGGCGUUAACUGAUAAUGACAGCGGCUUUGACACCAAGUUGUUGAAGCAGGUGAAGGAGUUGGAGGUGCGUGGAGUCUCAGCGGCAGAGGCAGGGGAUUUGAAAGACGCUCUUCAGCUGUUCAGCCAGGCAAUCCAGUUGCUGCCCAGGAGAGCAUCAUCCUACAACAACCGCGCUCAGGCCCUGCGGCUACAAGGGAACACAGCAGGUGCACUGCAGGACCUGGACCAAGCCGUGGCGCUCAGUGGCUCCGCAGGACGUUCAGGCUGUAGGGCUCUGGUGCAGAGGGGCCUCCUGCGUAGACUCCUGGGUCAGAACGAAGAGGCCAGAGAGGAUUUUGAGAAAGCAGCAGCACUCGGGAGUCCAUUUGCGCGACAACAGGCCGUUCAGCUCAACCCCUACGCAGCGCUGUGCAACCGCAUGCUGUCCGAGGUCAUAAACAAACUGCGGAACCCUGACCUGUCUGAAGUGCAUUAG